AACAUUUCCUUCUCUGUAUUAUAGAACCCCCAAAAGAAGAACAAGUUUACCCACACCCGUAUAUACAUACAUACAAUGAACUUGAUUCGAUUGGUUGCAGACAUGAUGCAUUUGGCAUCCAUCAUCAUUCUCUUAUUGAAGAUUAAGAAAUCAAGAUCAUGUUCAGGCAUAUCCCUAAAAUCUCAAGCUCUUUAUGCAAUCGUCUUUCUCACACGGUACCUAGACCUCUUUACCGACUUUGUCUCAGUCUACAAUUCAUGCAUGAAGGCAUUUUUUAUUCUGUCUUCACUCUAUACGGUUUACCUGAUAAAAAUCAGAUACAAGCCAUCAUACGACGCGACACUUGAUACCUUUAGAAUCGAGUAUCUUUUGGGUGGAUCAAUUAUUCUUGGACUGGUGUUUACUUCCAAAUACACUAUAAUCGAAGUACUCUGGUCAUUCUCUCUUUGGCUGGAAUCUGUAGCCAUUCUUCCUCAAUUGUUCAUGUUGCAAAAGACAGGAGAAGCAGAGACGAUUACGACACAUUAUCUGUUUGCACUUGGUGCAUACCGCGGUCUUUACACAAUAAAUUGGAUUUAUCGUCAUUUUUAUGAAAAGCACUCCACUGAUUGGAUUGUGUGGGCAGCUGGUAUUCUUCAGACUGCGCUGUACAGUGAUUUCUUUUAUAUUUACUAUAAUAAGGUCAUCAAAGGUGCCAAGUUUGAAUUACCAAAAAUGGUCUAAUUGAAACAAACAAGAUAUUAUAUAUAAAAAAAUACCAAUUAUACUUUACAUACACAUUACUUGUAUAGUCGUGUAUCUAUAUACACCCACCCGCUCACUCACUCACGCUAAUAUAAAGUAUGUAAAUAAAAAUCUGGAACAACUGUUUUAUAAUCACGUCAAUAAACGAACAAUUCACCAACC